AUGCGUCUGGAGGGCGAUAACCUGCUCAAGGAACAGUUUCGUGAUCUGGUUGUACACUUAACUGCACCUAAAUUGCUUUCAGACUGGAAGCAAUGGUUAACCAAUCCAGAUGAUGACAGCCAGACUAAAGCAUCAAAAAAACGCAUUGCCCCUUUGCUUGAAAAGAUUGAUCAGCAACGCUCUAAGAUCAACACACUCCAAGUUGAAGUGAAACAAUAUCAAAAUCGUGUUAAACGCUUGCAGCUCAAUCAACAACUCAGGAUUCAUAAAAUUCAUACAUCUAGUCUAAAACAUGUGUAUCGAAUCAUGCGCCUAACUACUCGCGGUCGCUAUGCAGUGACUGCACUACUUGACUUAGCAUUGCAGCCACCUGAACAAACGAUUACGCUUGCAGAAAUUGCAACCCGCCAAACGAUAUCUGUCGCUUAUCUUGAACAAUUGUUCGCUAAACUUAAACGUCAUGGCUUAGUUUCAAGUGUUCGUGGAGCAAAUGGCGGUUAUCACUUAGCGCGCCAUGCUGAAGAAAUUACUGUCUUAGAAAUUAUUGAAGCUGUAAAUGAAACUGUUGAUGCGACUCGUUGUGACCACAAAGGCAACUGCCAAAAUGGUGCAAUGUGUUUAACUCACGAUUUAUGGCAAGAACUCUCUCUCCAUAUUGCCGAUUAUUUAGCUAAAAUCACCCUUGCGGAUUUAGUAGCUCGUGACAACGUACAAACCGUUGCGGUUCGCCAAAAUUCAGCACCUCUUGAUUCAGCCCUUUUAUCGGUUACAGCAACUACGCCUGUUGAUCCUCAAGUAGCAGAACGCAUGAUGGAGUGUUUAACCUUUGAUGGUACAUUCGGUAAUGCUGCUUCUCGCUCACAUGCUUAUGGAUGGCAAGCUGAAGAAAAAGUUGAAUAUGCACGUGAACAAGUCGCAAAUUUAGUAAAAGCUGAUCCACGCGAAAUUGUCUGGACUUCUGGUGCUACUGAAUCUGAUAACCUUGCCCUUAAAGGUGUUGCUCAGUUUUACGGUUCUAAACGCAAACACAUCAUCACAAGUAAAAUUGAACAUAAAGCAAUUUUAGAUACUUGUCGUGAAUUAGAAGAAGAAGGUUUUGAGAUUACCUAUCUUGAACCUGAACCUAAAACUGGUUUAAUUACCCCAGAAAUGGUUCAAGCUGAACUUCGUCCAGAUACGCUACUUGUUUCAUUGAUGAUGGUGAACAAUGAAAUUGGUACUGUGACAGAUGUUGCUGCAAUUGGUGAGUUAACACGUGCCAAUAAAACCUAUUUCCAUGUUGAUGCUGCACAAGCUGCGGGUAAAGUUGAAAUCGAUCUUUCUACCAUGAAAGUUGAUUUGAUGAGCUUCUCAGGUCAUAAGGUUUAUGGACCUAAAGGCAUUGGUGCUUUAUUUGUACGUCGUAGCCCACGUGUUCGUAUCAAAGCACAAAUUCAUGGCGGUGGUCAUGAACGUGGUAUGCGCUCAGGUACACUUGCAACCCAUCAAAUUGUCGGUAUGGGUGAAGCAUUUGAACUUGCUGGCAAAUCUUUACAAGCUGAACAAACACGUUUACGUGUACUCCGUGACAAACUUUGGAACGGUUUACAAGAUUUAGAACAAGUCUUCUUAAAUGGCCAUCCUGUAUACAAUGUUGCAAACUACUUAAAUGUUAGCUUCAACUUUGUUGAAGGUGAAUCAUUGAUGAUGGCGUUAAAAGAUGCUGCUGUAUCUUCUGGUUCAGCAUGUACAUCUGCAACACUUGAACCUUCUUACGUACUUCGUGCCCUCGGUCUUUCUGACGAGUUAGCACAUAGUUCAAUUCGUUUUAGCUUUGGUCACUAUACGACUGAAGAAGACAUUGAUCAUGUAAUUAAGAUUACUAAAGCUGCUGUUGAGAAAUUGCGUGAGCUUUCUCCGCUUUGGGAUAUGUACAAAGAAGGGAUCGACUUAAAUUCAGUUGAAUGGGCUGAACACUAA